GUCUCCCCUGGGGAUGGUGGAGGGGAACGGAAGGGGUGAUUCUUGAGCGGAAAAGAAAUGAUGCGCAUAAUCCAAUAUGGCGGAAGUGUGUUGUGAACUCCCUAGACCAAUAAGGAGCGGUUUGAUACUUUAAACGAGCUAGAAAUGACCUGAAAUAUUCACCAGCAUAACGCUGUAUUUGAGACUUUUAUUCAUGAGAGAUAAUUCAGCCAAUGUCGUUAAAGGUAGGUGUGCAAACAAAGUAUAAUUACAAUGUUCUUAGACAUUCAUUCGAACGUCUGUGCUACAGCACGAACCUGGAUUUCUUCAAAGGUAAUAUUAUACAUAGCAUUGCAGGUUGUAUGAAUAUUAUAAUUCCUAAAUUCAAGCUAAUUCUGUACGCGUGCCAAUUUGAAAAUGAAAAAAAUUCCCUCUUGGUAAGGACCAAUUAUCCAGCUAUUGUAAAUAAGCUGUUAUUUCUCGUGUCCUGCUAUGCUUUGUUGAUUGCUCAUUUGGUCACAGUUGGAAAACGCUAGCAAUAUAUUAUCUUUUGAACAUUUUCUUUUGUAUUCACUUGUUAGAAACCUAAAGGUGUUUGACUUUCUCAAAAUCAUUCACAAAUUAUGUAAGCUUAAAAGCUUUCGUAAGCACGGGAUUAGGCGUAUCAUUCAAUUGAAGGCAUGCCAACUUUUUAUUUGAAUAACGCGCUCAGGCAUUUUUUUCCCAAGCGUAGCAGUAAUGCUGGCUUUCCUUCGCCAUGAAAAUAUUUUGUCCAAGGGGAUUAUAUUCAUUUAUCUAUCACUCCUCACUCAGCCUAACCCUGAAAUGGCAAAAAAUGCUUUAAACCAACGAUAAAAGUAGUUUAACCUAAUAAUAAAAGGAUCAAAAGUCAAGCUUUGGUUACUUUUGGUAAAUACGUUUAAGCAAAGCAUGUAGACAUUGGAUAAUGAUGUUGAUACUGUCAAAUUAAGAAAUCCGUGAAAUCUUGAUUUUGGGAAUGUUCGUUGUGUUGUUAUGAAUUUAUCAGCAGUUAUCCCAGUCAAGGGGGGGUGGGGGGUGACCCAAGGGAACCCCUGGUCAUUUGCACAACGACAUUUACAAAUCCCCCCUACCCAAAACCACGUUUGUUUAACAAAAAGCUACUAACCCUCUCUUGGGGGUAAAGAAGUGUGCCCUGCUAAGUCAAAAGGUGCAAUAUUUCAAAAGAGUUCUGUUUGCCAUAAUUAAUUUCCUAUUUGCUACGCUUUUUUAUUAUACAUAUAAGAGUUAAUUAAAUUAAGCAAAGAAAGCUAUUCCACCUGUUUUCUGCACAUGAUGAGGUUCAGCUUACCUUGUAAGUCAUGGAAUGGGAAAGGAGAAAAUAUUUAUGUUUCCUGGUAAUGAAGAACUAGGAUUCCUUGAACAUAUUUUGAAAUGCUUUAUAUUAUAAAUAUUUAUAGAUAUUUACAAAUCCCGUGGGUCUUCUCCUGGGGAGGUGUGAGAAAUCUGUUUGCUUUGAAAGCCUGUAGUGAGGAGGCCUUCCGACGGGUGGAAGUGACAGGUGACAUGACCCCAAAAACUGGCAACAAUCUUCUCGGAAAGCAUGGGACAAUGAACAGAAAAGGAGGCAAUAAUUCUGACAAUGGCAAUCUAUAUUUUAACUAGUGAAAGCGACAUCUGACGUCCGCAGUGAAACAACAAUUUCUCUUCCAUUAUUUUCUAACAUUUUCUGUUAUUUUCUUUGAAUCGUUUUUUAAUGUUGGUAUUUAAUAUUAAAGACCAGUCCCUCCAGCAAGAACGGUCAAUAACAGUUAAUUCUUUCCAGCUUCUAUUUAUUCAGCUGUAAGUUCCAAGUAAGUUCCAAAAUUGAGUAUAACAAAAAAGUAUGCUGAAUGGACAGCAACAUUUUCUUCCUAGAUAAAAUGCAACAGCAACAUUUUUCCUAACCUACAAGGCAUCAGGCAGUCUCAGAAAUGACGGACUAAGUGACAGCGGCAUAACCCCCCCCCCCCCACAACUGGACUGCCUCUGUAGUCUUUUGUAUAGAAAGUACUGAUUUUGCCUACCAGUACUUCCAUUUUGUGGAUUCCUUUCACAUAGAGUCUUUGGGCUGGCUCGGGUAGUACAGCAAUAUUAUUGUUUAUACAGACUGUAUAUCUUCUAAUUUUAAAUGGGGUCUUCUAACUUUGCCAUAGGAGUAGCGUUACAUCUCAUCUAGGCUCAGGGUGCGAAGAAAAUCAGUUUUACAGCUUGCCAUUCAGGCAAGCUGAAGCUAGCAUUUACUAGCCUGGACGUCAUUUCAGCUAGCUCCAAAAGCUUUUUGACGAGCAGAAUUGAUUUCACAGUUCUUCUCUUAUUUGAAUUCCUCAAAAAACAUCACUUGCCCGUCGGGCAAGUUAAAAACAGAAUUCAGUAGCCUGAUAGCAAAAUCCACUAGCCCCGGGCUAUUGAACACUAGUUUCUUUGCACGUUGCGGCUAAAAUAUACUUUGUUUUUAUUCCAUAUUGCUUCUGGUUUCUUGUGGGAAAAGGAAAGAAUUUCACUUAAAGCCCUUGUCAUGUUAACCCUGUGUAACUGAAAAAAUACAUGUACUGAAAUGCAAAGAUUAAAAUGUAUAAACAGACUUACAAAUAUGGAUGACUUGUUGAUCUUAGGAAGAAGAGAAUGAUUGGGACUGGCGAUCCUUGUGCCAGGACUUCUUGUUUGAUUCUCAAGUUCCACAUCUAGAAAAUCUCUUAAAAACUCACUAUGCAGGAGAUGUAAAGAAUUUUAUUCAACAAUAUCUGGAACCUGUUUUAGCAGUUCUAAAGGACAUCAAACUAUCAGCUGAGGUAUGUUAUACAUGUCAUGUAUAAAGAAGAUUUUUUCUGGGUAGAAGGUUGACCCUCCCAGCCAAGUCAACUUAAGCAAGUGUUUAUAUGAGAAAAUGGUUGAUGCCUUUGCCCUGUUCAAGAUUACUCAUGCAUGCUCUGAUUGUCUAAAACCAAAGUGUUUAUAUGGAGAAAAGUUGGCGUGGAUACAAGGAUGACCCUGCCAUCACAAAAGGGUGACACGGCUGGACAAGUCACCCUUCUAACCAAGCCAACUUUUUGUUUCUCAUGUAAAUGAUUUUUCACAUUUUGUAAGGAAAUAUAUGAAAAGAUGGAUCACCCAGGGUAGCUUGGGUGGGUGAGUAACCCUUCAGCCAAGGACAAAAAUCCUCCACAUCAUUUUCUCCAUAAUGAUUGGAAAACAUUAUGCAUGGAUAGAUCUUGAACCUUGACCUUUCUGCACCAAAAGCAACACAAUAUUGUCAAUGUUCAAAUACUGUUCUUUUAUUCACGAUUCUCUGUCAUCUAUUCAUUACUGGGUUAUUUCAUUCAUUUGUAGUUCACUUUAUACAAUAUUUUUCUAUGCAUUCAUAUUCAGUUAAUUAAAACAAUUUUUCUUAAGUAGUUGUCUUUAUUUUAAAGAAAAAAAACAAGGCUCCUACUCUUUGACUGUUUUAUUUCAGACUUUUUUCUCUGGUAAUGGAAAGGUAGAUGAUGCCUGGAUUCCUUACUACAAGAAAUUUGUUGGUAGUAUCAUUCAUUUAACAAGAAUAGACCGUAGGCUUCAUAAAGGUGACUUCUACAUAAGCACCAGUUUUGCUGUUCCUGGCCAUCUCAUUGUCAAAUAUCAUGAUGCAGGAAAUGUUCGGUCAUUUCCUUUGGAGGCUGAAGAUUUUCCUGAAAUGUGGAAAACAGACUGGACCAACAAAAUGAGAAUGGAGAUGCAAGGUCGGUUUUUGUUUCUGAACUGUGUUGUUAACACCAAGAGAGGUUUAGAGAGAAGGCCUUGGAGGUACCUAAUGUCAGAAUCUGGAAAUGUUAGUGUGAAGCAGUUUAAGGGUGAGUCAUCUUCUGAGCUGCUGUUUUAAUGUAGAAUUUUGCAUCGGUCAUUGUAUCAUAGUCUCUUUAACUAAAACCAGGGCUUCAAAGCUAUGACAGGAAUCACUAAUGUGAAAAGAUCAGUGCAGCAUGUGGUAUUUCUAAAAAGAAAAUGGCUUUAGGGGUUCACUUUUAAGGAACUAACGUUGCUGGGGAGGGAGAACUUGGCUGCUGCUCCCUUUAUAUUAUUAUUUAUAGUAGAAAUUUAAGUAUAUCCUAAUAAUUUAUCAUUUAUUACCCCCCCAGAAUAAUAAAAUCUUAAGUAGCUGAGUUGUAUAAAGGAUUCAGCACUGUUUUGCUGGCUACUUUCUCAAGGAGACACUGACAAUCCAGCUAUAAAAUUUAGGAGAAGAAAGUUAUUAACCUCGUCUGUUUGGUCAUUAAGGAGACAUCUCAGACCUUGGCCUUGAUGUAUUGACCUUGCUAUCUCCUUGUCAAUACAUCAAGCUGGGCGUCUGUUUGAGAUUUCCCUGUAAUGACCUUACUCUGGUUAAUAAGUGGUAUGUAAUGCUAAUAUUAUCUGAUAAAGAAUUAAAGGUUUUCAUUUGAUCAGGGACAAUUUAGAAACACAAUGAUUCAGACUAUAUCAUUUUUUUAUUGCAAGUUAUUGUCUGUCAUAUUGGAUUGCAAAAUAAUUUAUGAACACACAAUAAAUGCAAAUAUAGGACCGGGAAAGAAAUGUUUUCUGUGCACAUUAAUUCACAGUGGUGGUGGGGUGGGGGGUCGUUUGGAUGCUGUUUACUUUGGAGGAACCUCUGUGUUUAUGAAGAAAACCCUGAGUAGUUCCCCAGAGACCUCAAAACAUUCAUGAUUUACUAUUAAGCAUCUGAUUUACUAAAUUACAUGAAUUUAUGCCUAAAAUUUACUGAUCUUGAGAGUGAACUUCCUUAUCUGAAAAGUAUGUUAAAAAAAUCCUCCAAAGCAAGUUCAUAAGUUAUUGGUUGAAAAAUUUGUACAAAUUAUGGCAAAUUAUUGCAAAUUGAAAAAUGAAGUUAGGUUUGAAAUUAUCUUACGUUAAUAAAGAACUUUAAAGAGUUGCAGACAGCAACCAAAAGCACUCUUCCUGUAACUUGCUACCCACUGUAACAGUGCAUUAUAAGAAUCUACCUACAGAUGACAUACUUUUUCCUUCUUUGUAAGUCAUCUACUCUUGUCAUUUUCUUAUCUCAGGGGCAUCUACUUGAAAAAUCUUUCUUCCAUAAACAGCAACUUAAUGAACACUUCUUAUAUGGCACUAUUUAUUUUAUUUGGACUACAGCUGUUUGUGUCAAGAAAAGAUCAUCAAUCUAAGUGCCUCUUAUAUUGAAAACAUUUUGAAUUUUCAAAGCCAAGUACUUCUAGUGUUUCUUUAUCACAUGUUGUUUAGGAAUCUUAUUUACAUAAGUAUUUUUCUGUUUCCUUUUGUUUUUACUAUUACUUUACUCAUAUCUAUUAUCAUAUUAGUUUUUUAAGUAUUAAACUCUUUAUUUUAAUUUGAAGAUCAAGUGCACAAGUUUACUAAUUCCAGUUGUUUAUAUGUCUGUCAAAGAAAGACUAGCAAUAUAUGCAAGGAUAUUCAUCGUAAUAAUAAUAGUUGUUAUUCUUCAUUUACAUUUCCGUAUCCAUAGUAAUUGAGGAGGAGAGCCUAGAGAAAAAUGUAAUGAAAGUAAACCGACAGUCUUUGUUUAUGGAAAAGCCACUGAGUGCUUUUGAUGUCAACUUCGAGCUUCUUCAUAGUGGUGUGGCUUCUCUACCAGGUAUAAUUGACUUAUAUGUAUAUAUUAUUCAUCAACUGUACUAUAUCACAGCUAUUUAUAAGGACGAUGCUUUAUAGUCAUUUAAGGGAUGUUUUUAGUUCUGGCUGUUUUUUUUUCCUUACUGUGCGUAGCAAAAAUGUGUGCAAAAACUCGGCUGUCUGUAAGUAAUGUUUCGACCUGUGAUGCCACUUACACUGUUUGUAUUUUGUGAAGUAAAUGUGACCUUUAUCUAUUGUAUGUUAAUUCCAGCACGUGCUUUCUCUUGUGGAACUGAUUCUUUAAGUAUGAUUUGUAAUUUCUAUAACUUCCAUAAUAUUUCCAGUUUUGUUGCAUUUUUUAUUUUGCUAUUUCAUUUACUGGUGGCAAAGCCAAAACUUGAGAUGUCUCUGUUCAUUCAAGUAUCAAAAUGGGUGCUAAAAACAAGUGCAAUAUCACUUGUGUUUGUAAUAUCAUACUAUAUGGAUACUAAUAUAGGUGCUCAUUGGACUCAUUGGUUAGUUUAAGUACGGUAACUACUUUGUGAUUUGCAGUCAGGAAAUAUUGUGUUUUUGUUGUCCUUUUUGUUUGGCUCUAUUUCCAUGGUUUCCUCACCAAACAAAUUAUCAAUAAUUACAUCAAUAAUACUAUGAAGCACAAUGGGUAUCAUUUCUUAACUUUAAAUAAACUAAGAUGCAUUCAACUCAAAAACAUCAAUAUUUCCAUUGCAACUUGCUGAUUCAUUUUGUUAUAAAUAGUGUUGAGCUAUUUAAUUUGACAAGGAAGUUUAGCAUUGAUGAAAAAGGGAAGUUUAAUUUAGGUAUCAGCUGUAUUAAAAAGGCUGACACGUGCUGGUUAUUUUCACGUUGUAUGUCUUAGAUGUACAAUUUAACUUUUUAUCUUUAAAACUUUUCGUCAAUAAUGUAUUAUGGAUAUUCAAGGUUUAGUUUGCUAAAUGAUGUUUCUUAAGGUCAACAAAUUUUUUACUUGUUUUACCCUGAGUAUUUUAAGUGAAGGAAUGCCAACUACUCACAAACGUGCUAUAGAUGACAGCUUAUUUAAGUGGCGUGACAAUAACACACUCGGUCUACUUGAGCUGUCAAUUGAAGGAUUUCAAACUUAGUUCUUUAAAACGCGUAAAGCACGUUUGUACUUUCAAUUCUUGGCAUAGGAUGGCUGUAAGAAUUAAUUUUGGAAGUUGUGAGAGAAAUUUCCAAUUUUAAAUUGAAAUGCACAGAAUACGUCUUAAAACUACCUAAAAAACGGGUGGUACACUCUGUUAAGAGGUUAGCUCUGAAAAAAUAUUAUCUUUUCCUGUUUUUACUUAAAAUGAAUAAGGCUCGCAGCUUCGCGAUAUAACAGGGCCCGCGGAGCAGUUUUUAAAGUACGGGGGCCGGUGACCACUUCUUUUGAAGUGGGGUUGUUGGGGGGGGCGGGGGGGGAAAUUUGGCCGUUCUCUCUUUGUGGCUGGUUAGAACAGUCAGAUUACCGAACCUUUCUUGCGUCAUUGUUGAGCGGAGUCAUGUUUAUAAAUUUCAAGCCGCUGAAAAGUACCUUUCUCCUGCUGAGCCUGAUUGCACAUGCAAGAUCCACCAGUAGAAGUUUGCUGAUCAUGAUAUUACACUGUAGGUUCCUGUAACCCGUUCAUUUUGUCUAGUACGUCAUCGAAAUGCGUCAGAGACUAUACCAUCAGCCGAUAUAAUUUGUUUUAAGAAACCGUAGUUCCGUGGAGUAGUCUUCAGAUUUAAAAGAGAACCUUCGUACAAAAGACUCCAUUCCGCAUUGUUGCAUAUCCCCCCCCCCCAGCCCCUCCCCCUGCGCGGGCCCUGUAUAAAUGUUUCUGUGUCAUUGUGAGUGAACAUCCAUCUUUUGAUUAAGACAAAAGGCUAAAUUACGUUUCAAACAAUUAAGCUAUCCGGUGAUUCGCUUGAAGGUGCAUGAGAUCAGAUGCAGAAAUAUCUGAUCUUGUUUUUAUGCAGCUUAAAAAAAAAACACUGCAGCAGUAAUUACGCACCUGGCCAGAACUCAUUAACGUUUUCAAAGGAUAUAUUUUAAUUGCACGGAAGAACUUUACCGCAUUAAGCUCAGACGGGACAGCAGAGACGUGCACAGUUAAAGCUACAGUUUAAAGGUAUUUACCGUUAACUGCAUGAACGCAAUACAGGGUUUCUCUUGGUGUACACAUUCAUUCUUCAGGAAAAACUGCCUUAUCGUUAACAAAAACUUUUUUGGUCUUCAAUUUUAUGCAGAAGCGUUUUUGAAAACAGUCCUCUGUUCAGUGCGCUACGACUCCCAAGAAUAGACCGCGUGUGUUCAAGAUUAAGUUUUGGGUUUCCUGAAAUUUGUUGGAUUAGGACACAGAAGAGAUUGCGAUUUUACUAGAACGUUAAAGAUGUAGAUAGAUGAUUGACAAUUUUAUACCAAGAGUCUACAGUGUGAAGCAUUAGUAAAAGCACCGUGUAAUUAAGCAGAAAAUAAUUUUAAUGUGAUGGUUAUCACUGUUCACUAUGACGAUAUCAAUGACGUCAGAUGGACAUUAAUCAAACGUAUUGCAAACAAUUCGUUUUGUCAAACAACUUUUCCUAUCUUACCCAUGUAUAUGGCUGACGUUUUUGAAAGGACAGUUUCAGUUACCUAAUUAACUUUUUAGUUGUAAUAAUAAUACAGUAUUUUCAUCAACUGAAGACAGGUGCAGGCGGCUGGCCGCUAAGGAAGGGAGGGAGGGCAUGAUACUUUUAUAGUAGGAUCACCCUUUUAGCAAGUUUAUGUAUUUUAAGAAGGGAGUGGUGGCGUUUUUAACGUUUUUGUAUCCAGGAACCUCUACUUCCCAGUCUCUGGAGUUUCUAGAUCCGAAAGCAAGGUUGUAAGUUUUGUCUUUUGUAGUCGAGCGCAUCCUGUGUCUUAGUUGGCGAACUGUUCCCUGUCAGUCGUGAUAUUUAGUUUCUUAAUCUACCGCAUGAAAGGAAGUAGAACGCUGCAGUAAAUGAAAAAGUGUGAACUAAAAACAAUAUCUAUUUGGUACUGAAGGAGGGCCGGCUCUGAUCAGGUUAGUAAUUAAAGAAGGUAAACCUAGGAAACGGCACCUAAUAGGAACUGCGGAAAACGUUAUACUAUGUAAGUCUUCCAGCCGGGAAAAUGCACUGUUUUUACUCAAACUUGUUCUGUUACUAAGAGAAGAUCAGACCUUCAGCUCCAGCCAACUACUCUAGAAUGACUGUAUAUUAGAACUUUAUCACCUUAGAGAAACUGAACACACGAGCAUACUCACGUUGGAGAUACAUGCGACCAACAUUGGGGUUAAACAGCCAGGCGAUCGACCUUUAACCGGCACCAACUCUCAGUAACCUCACGCAACCAAAAUAAUCUCCCUUGCGAAUUACAAAUUGCGGCAUUCACAUUUAAACACACUUAUUAAACUUGAGAGGAAAGCAUACGACCAAAUGUUGGUCAAAAAAGCUAAACUGACCAGUUGAACAUAUAACGAUGUAAAAAGGCCGUUGGAGCGCUUUGCUUAGUUCACGUGGGGUACGUACCACCAUUUUCGCAGUUCUGUCCGCACACGACCUUACUCACGAGACAAACAAACUUCCGACGGGUCAAGACUGAAAACAACAAUACCGUGAGCCUAUCCCACUACAAACCCAACAAUUAAAAUGAUGUAUGGCAAAUGAGUAAUAGUAGACAAUGAAACAAAGGAUGAAAAAGCGACUUUCCGCCAGUGUAGCAGAGUGGGAGGAAAGAGUAAUGCCGCAUCCAGAUCUCGCGUUCAACUUAUACCAAUUCUGCAGCCCUAAUAUUUUUAUAUUUCUUACUGAUGUGAUGUGUCUACGGCGCCAAUUUAGAGGUUAGCAAGACUAAGACUGACCACCAGGAGGCGGCCGAGGAGGUGCUAAUCAAGCCGCCUUUCAGUCUUCGAAAUAAUUCACUUUUGUAGAAGCUUAAAACCGAGGUCCAAGACGCCCCUAGACAUUACACUGAAAGGAGAUUUGGUGCGGAAAUUUUAACAGUCAGAGUAGUGGUGGAUACACUAAACACCAAAUUUAUCUUAAUGUAUCCGCACGCAUCCAAAGAAAUGUAGGCUUGUUUCCAACGUUGCCACGAAAAUCGAUCAAACUCUCUGAGGCACUUGCACAACUAAGCUUUGGGUAUUUAUUGGUGGAAAUCAUACGUCCAGUACAAGAGAUAGAAAAGAAGCUCGUCUUUCAUAGGUUCAGGCGAAAGAAACUGGAGAGCGUAAUACUGAGUAGUGCAGUCGUUUGUUGGCAGGGCUACUAUUAUUUUGCAUCGCUUUGAAGAGCCUCAAAACAUCUUUGUUAAAGAAAAAUACAAAUGAUGGCUUUGUUUUGUUUUGUCUUGUUCAUGAAUGACUACAACCAUCAGUCAGAUGGCCCAAGUGAUAGUAGAUUGUAAUAACUUGCGUCUUGCAGUUCAAAUUGCUUAAAACUAUUAAAAAGGUGCUCGUGGGUGAUUUUUAGAGGAAAAAUUCACUGUCUUCCCAAGCUAACAGUAAUUUAUUGAACGAGUGGUAUGUAUAUUUAAGUUUUUUGUUGGCAAGGUUUGAACCCUAAAAGGUCCGAAUUUCUCGUGAUAAAGGCCCGUUUAAUCCGAUUGUUUGACGUGUAGUAGCGCAAAGUAAUAGAUUGAAGCUUCUCCCUUUUGAUUUGUCAUGUUAGGAAACAGAGACUUGCGAGGUGGACCAAUUCUUGUUAUUGACACAUCAACAUCUCGGCAGGAUUGGGGAAAUGUGGCUUAUACGAGCAUGGAAUUAACAAGACUCUUCAUGUACUUCCAUACCAUACCAAGGUAAGUCAGGCCAAAGUAACUAAACUAAUUACAUAACACUCAGUACUUUUCGUGCAUUUAUCCUAGAUCACGAGGACCUUUCAGCAGAUUCUCUUUAAAGAGAGAUCAACUUCUAGUGUACCAUGGUCCAACUUGACUUUUUUGCAAACUAGAUUGAUCUCCUUCUAACUUCAUCAUUUGCAGCCGCUACUUAGCCUGAAAUUCAUCCGAUUGCUUCGAGUCCUUUUGUCCUCUCAACAACAGUAAUAACGACUGGAAGUAAUCGGAUGAAAUUCAGGCUCGCCGCUACUUGAUUUGACCUCAAAUUAGUACAAACAAAAAAACCUGUUGUCACGCAAGAAUGGAAUUUUGACAGUUUAUCCGAGCAAGAUAUUCAACAAUUUGUUAAAUCUUCAAAAGAUAUCUUCACUCGGACCGGAACUAUUGAAAAUCGAAUGUCGAACUAACUAGGUUACCUUUUUUGAUAGUCGCCCAAGUGAUAUGUGUUUGUUUCGUUUUAAACACCACAUUCUAAACUAAACAUCAUUUAUCUUUUCCUAUAAAUAUACUUAUUCCCGUACAAUUUUAGUCGUAUAGUCAAAUCGUGCCUUGCCAGCCAUUCAGCCUGGGAGCAAACUAAGCAAAACCUGCGUCACCCAUGCGGGAAGUAUUGAAAGGGGUGUACCCCCCGUCCCCCCGGGGGACUCUCGUAUAAAAGAGGCGCGUAUGCUCGUCGGAAAAUUAGAAUUAAACUAAGAAGACUAACUGGGCGUGGCUUAGGCCGGCUUAUUUUAUCCAGCAGAAGACCUUUGUUUUUUUAUUUCGGAAGUCCUUUACCUAAAACCCAAAGCGACACCUUUAUAGGUCAAAAUAUUGCUUUUCCGUGCAGAAUAACCUAAGUGAGAGCCUCCGGUGAAAAUGUACCACGUGGGAGAAUAAAUUAAUUUUCCCUUCUGUGAACCUUUUUUUGGGCUGCCUGGAGCUUAUCUGCCACGAUAAGAACUGAUGAUAUUUAGCUAUAACUUAAGGGUCAAUAGAUGCAAUACCAAGAAUAGUUCAUUAGUGUCUACAUUUCACUGGUACUGUAGAAACUUACAAAAGAUAUCGGAAAUAACCUUACUAUCUUACAGUGCUCGCAGUCUAGUCUUUUCACUUGAAACUAGAGAUAUCCGGUAAGAUCUGUUCAUGCGAGGUACUGGUGCUCCUGGUAGAUGGUUUGCUAAUAUAAGUGUACGGAUGUAGAAUAUUUGCCUCUUUCACACGAAAUGAAUGUCAAAUACCUUACUCAGUAAAAUGCUCAGGCGAUCUGAUUUCCAGUAAAAGAUUUUAUUGCCGUCUAAAAAUGAAUUCUGAUGUUCUCUGUAAUAUCUUAAGCUGUGAAUUCUCUUUCUUUGUUGCUUCCCUGUUAUUUAUCUAUUUCAUUGUAAUUGUAGCUAUUGUUGAAGAACUCUGAUUUGUGUAAAAUAUCGUGUCGCAGUACAUCAUUUCCCCGCCUAGCGUCCAUUCUUUAUUGUAAGGACAUAUUUAGUAAAAAAGAUUGUUGUUGUUCCUGCUGCCGGUUUCUAUGUACAAAGAAAUCUUAUCUUAUUGUAUUGAUAACUUGUAUUGGUUUCCACGCCCAUCUGUGGUAUGGUUCGAGUUUUAUUAUCUACCGGCCCCUCCCUUCCUUACGCCACUGUCUGAUCAGUGAAGUAGUAAAGCUUGGUGUUGGAUCCAUCUACAGCUAAACUAGCGAUACAAGACGCUACACUGAAAAAAUCAGUGUUGUCAGUAACUUGCUUCAACCUUUACGUCUCGACGCCAUUACUUGAAAUGAGUGCAGCAUUUGGCCAGGUGGGUUAUUGUGUUGGAUAGACAUAACGCUGAAAAGCACUCACAACAUGUUUAUACACCUGUAAACUAAACAAUGAUUAACAUAAAUAAGCUCACAUGAGCGGCUUAUGAUGACACUUGGGAUCUUUACUCACGACCGGUUGUUGAAAUCCAAAGCUUGUCCGAUCUUUAGCAGUGAUUUUGCCACUUUAAGGCGGGAGGUAUGGUGAGAAGUAAGACAAGUAACGUAGCCCAGUGUGAGGUAUGAGAUAUUGGUCGGUAUUAUUCUUUCAGUGUAGGGCAUAUGAGAAAUAUCAGUCAGUCAAGGUCAUGCAUAAAAUAUUCACCAACUGUCUAAACUGCUUUAUCUUUUCUUGAUUAUAAUUCGCUAAUUCGUUCGCUUUGUUGACAUGCAAUAAUAUGCCCACUCUGUUGUUUCCCUUAAUUUUCUGGUGAAAAGUGCAGAAAAACAAAUAAUAAUAACAGGUAGAAACUCAGAAUUGUUUCCUUGCUUCCAAAUCUAAAAUUCUUGGAGGUGACGAGAGGGAUAGUAUCCCGGGUUCACUGCCGUCUGGUGUGUCAGCGGUGUCCUCCGGCACUUCACUGUUAUCAUGUUAGUUUCCCUUGUUUGAUAACAGUGUUGACAACUUGAACAGACUCAAUUUGUAGUUUAUUUCCUUCCUUUCACGGUGUGAACUGCAUCCUUAUAAUCUCCUAACUCUACAGUCAGCCUUGCUUUUUUUAUGUUCGCUUUCAAAAAAAUAUUUUACAGACCAGAAGGUAGACAAGAUCCAUCAGGAGCCGAUACCUUUGUUUUGUACGUUGGCCCUUACAAAUGUCUUAAAAAAACCAAGAUAUUCCCAUACAUGUCGUAAACUGCCCGGAGCAAGAACACUUUUGGAAGCACGACUGGCAUGGUAACAUGAUCACAUCGUAUACAUUGUAGAAAGAUUGAUUUGUCUACAGUGACCACAUGUCUGAGUUCAGACUGACCAAGUGAGUUGGUGGCACCUUGAUUUGCUGGAAAACGUUAAUUACCGGAUGUUCCAUUUAUCCUAGCUUGUUUGCCUCCUCAUUCUCACAUCCAAUCGAAAUCAGUCCGCUCACCAAUGUGAUAUCAUUGUUAUAAAUUUUGGCUGAUUUUUAGAAUACCGUUUUCCACAAAGUCUUUGAUGGCAGAGUCAGUAAUCAUACUAGCGUAAUCGUUUUGAGGAUCCUUCUGUGUUAUGUCACUAGGCCAUAUCAGUGCUGAAUCAUGUGCAGUGAAGCUUGUCUAACAUGGGCGUUUUUUGUCCAAGCCCCCCUCUCUCUCCAAUGUAUGUUUGCCAUUGUCGGCCAAUACGUAACGUUUCAAGCUUUGUGCUGUUUUUGUUCCUUGCAUGAGUGCGUGUCGCAUGCCCUGUAGCAUGGUAAGAACAUUCCAUCAGACACAACUUGUAUCCACGAUGUAUGUGAGUUUGUGACGAGUUUCCGUGUAUAUAGCAAUCGUGUGUGGCUAGUCGCGGUGCUAAAAUGCUGUUUUGAGAAGGCCGGAAAUCUGAACUACUUUAUCUGAUAUCUUUUUCUUGGUGCGCGCAUUUGUUUAAUAUACGGUAAGAGAGAUACAAUGGUUGACGUGCCAUUUGAAGGGCAAGUUUGAAAGGGUCGUGAAACCGGCCACAGUGAAAUGUUGUUUAUCUUACACCGUUUUCUCUCGCGCUUGCUUAUCUUUUCGCUUGUCCUGAAAAACUGUUUGCAUUUGCUUUUCUCAGUACUCCAGUAGUACUCCAAUGAAAUCAUUUUUGAUCAAGUCUUUAAUAGAUCAAGAAAUAGAAGUAAAAUAGAGGAAGCGCGCUUUUGUGGGGCUAUUAUAAAGCUUUUUGUCUUUGCAACGCGGUGAAAAAAACCUAAUGGCAGAUUUGCGUCUUUCCUGCUUCUAUGUCCGCGACAUCAACUCGAUUUAUAUACUUUGUGUUACGUUUUGCUGCCAAAUUGAUGCAUUGUGUCAAGUUAGAAACACUCUUGGUCCUCUCGCAUUUCCCUUACAACAUGAUUUCCAACGCUGAACGCUCUCUUCCGUGUAAUAACAGUUAAAAAUGUAGUAACUCGAAUGUUGAUUUAUUGUUCAUGUUUUUGUAAAAAGGUAAGAUCUGUAACUUUCCCACGAUGAUGUCAGUAUUUAUCACAGAAUGUACUUGUUUGUUUAUUGACAGUGUGGCUCCUUUCGCCGGAAAUUUGAAAAGCACCAUAAAACAUGUGAUAAAGUGCUGUCAGUGAGGUAUCAAAUGUCGUGCACGAAUUUUAACGGCUGUUUCAUGAAUGUUAUCUUACUUUUCUGUUAUUCAGGAGUGACUGCCGUAAACUUGGAUUUUCUGUCAUCAUCGACGCUAGAAAAUCGACUACGAAACGAAAAUACCUUGAAGAAAUAGUGGAGGCUAUGGUCUGCUUUCAGGUUUGAGAUACGUUUUGAAAUAUUUUGGGCCGUGAGUAUAUUGAGUGUACUGCUGUACUGUAGGUACAUUAGUUCAGUUUUCUUGUACACUUAGUAUCUAACUGAAUAAUGGAAAUACUGUAGUUGUUUUCUCUUUCUUGACUUGUUUUUUAGCUAUUCAUGUUAGACUAUUGAACUUAAUAAAUGAGAACAAUUUAAAAUUAACUUGUACUUUUCAUGCAAGGUAUGAAUUGUCAAGCAUUCCCCUGUAUUUUUAGAAAAUUGCGGACGCAAUUAUGUUAUAAAGUUGCUUAUGUUCAGUUUAUGAUUCAGAGCGUGAAAUUUGUACCUCUUUUUCUUCUUUUGGGCUUUCUAAAUUUGUCACUUGUUCGCCAGAAAUAGCGCGUUUUGAAAGUAUACAAAGCACAAUUUACUAUAUUGCAUAUAAAUGCGUAUUCCACUACUUUUGUACAAGAAGUUCAUGAUAGCCCAGCAUUGUAAAUGCGCUUUUCAAUAGAUCUCGCCCGCAUGCAAAGUUCUUCAUUAACAAAUAACAGCUUUUCUUUCUAUAGUUCCUUUUGUUGGCGGCAUUUUUGUUUAUAGUUGAGAAAUAGCGUGACAUAGGCGCAAAUCAGGCAAGUUUUAAUGAAGCACGGCAUUGUAAAGAGAAGUCCUUGACCCUGUUCUGCCAUCCACUUGCUUCAGCUUACAAAGCAAUUUAUUUAUCGGGAAGCAAAAUUUGAGGAAAACCAUAUCGAUGCUGAAGUAACUUUGCCGUUUCACCCAUCGCCGCAUGCUGUUCCCUCUCGGUUCCAAAUAUAAAUAUACAUAACGAUGCGUGACCUCAUUUGCUUUUCAAUUGAACAGAAAUAAAUCCUGCUGCCGAAGUAAGUGAAGACCCCCGGAGUUGUUCUUUUAUUAUUUAUUAGUUGGUUAAAUACGGUAGUUAGUUAAUAACCUCAUAUAUAUAUAACCUUUUUCUAAGAAUUUUAUAUUUAUGUAGAAAAGGGUAUUUCGGGUGUUUGAAAAACAUAGACUUUUAAAAUUAUAAUACAAACUUGUAGCCCAGAGAACACAAUGUACAACUUCAUGAUUAGGCAAUUAUCACGGGUUUUCUUCCUGCGAGCCCGCGCGCGAGCCAGCUUACGGGACGGGUACGUGCCCCCUUUUGCUUUCAGAUGCUGAAGGUGUGGAAGUGAUAAUGAAAUGCUAAUGCCUCUGUAAAUUUUAAUUUACACCGAUAUUUUUUAUCUGUAGUUCUUAUUGCAAUUAUUUGGAUUGUAAAUAUUGUUUCAUCCCAUAUUUAAAACAGAUUUCACGUUUGUUUUUUAUUAGGAGAGUACUCCAGGAGCUGUUCACGUGGUGUACAUCCUAACAAAGAAGGAUUCUCCUCUUAUGUUAUUUAGUGGAUCAAAGGUCAAGGAACAACUCAAUUUUGAGGUAAUGAUACAUCAACUAUCCUUGUGAUAAAUGCUACUGACUUAUUGUAGACUGUGACUAGAGCGAGUAAAAUAUGCAAACUCGUGCGCAUGUCACCUUCAUCGAGGGUGGUAAUUUUCACGCGCGCUCGCGUCUUUUGCCCCCUGUUUAGGGAAAUGAUGUACUUCACGUAGAGCAGGCUUAUGGUUAAUCAGCUUAUGAGGCUGAUAAUCCCGUGAAAGUCCCGCCGUGGCUUUUUCGGUCCAGAGACUUCAAGUAGCUAUUUUAUGUGUUCAUUGAAAACUUAAAUCUUUUGAGAUAUGUGGACAUGAAGCCGGGGGGAAGGGGGGGCGGGGGUACUCAUUUUAUGUAUGUAUGCAUCCGGGGAGGCUCCGCCCCGAGUUCCAACCCCUUACCCCUUUCUCAUACCUAAUUUAGAACUUUGGAUCCCAAUAACUGCUGUAAAUGCACCAGACUACAAAACAUUCGUUUUUUUCUCAAAAUCAGUUUAGUGUAGCGUAAGAGUAGCGUAAGAGCCUCACACGCCCGUAUUUCCCCAGUCUCGCUCCAGACCUUUUGUUUGCAGUGACUGUUCGCAUGUACUUGAGUAUGCAAAAAUGCGAACUGUUUUGUAGACUAUAAAAUAUGAAUUAAUCAAUUAAUCCUUUUUGCGAUAUGAUACAUGAAGACUGCAUGUACUUUAUAUGGCAAACUGUGUUCUGUAGCGUUCUCUCUCCUACAAUGUACGUAAAAAUACACAAUAGUUUGCAGUUCUUCUUUUUUUCUUGAGUAGAUAGUUCGUCUUUUUCGGUUACCUGCUUCAUUAUUAAAAAUGAGGUAACGUUUGAAAAGAAUGCUGCAAUAUCAUGGUUUAGUUUCCCUGGUCUCCCGGCAGAGAUUUUCUAUCUUCUGUUGCCCAUUGUCGAGGCUUUGCAGCUCAAGCUCAUUUCAAGAAAAAGAAGAAAGAAUACCCCACGAAGCGGGGUGCAUUGUUAACCGUUCAGUUUGUUUGUUUUUUGUUGUUAUGAUGGCCAGCUGCUUUAGUAAAAUUUCAUAUGCUGUAUACUGCUAGCGUGACCUAGCAGGUUAACACAUUUUAAUGGUCCAUACUUUUUCCACUGAAACGCUUAAGAAAAUUAAAUGCUAAUCAGUCUUAUUCAUCAUAUCAUUUCCAGCACACCUGCCGUUAGGUCAAGUGUUUUCAUUAACUCUGAAACAAAGGAGACAAUAUCUUUCAAUUUAGGGUCACUUAACUGAAGGGCCAUACUAUAUUAUUGUUUGCUAAGUGCAGUUUAAGGAUGUUUUGCAGACCAUAUUCUUAAUAUCACUUCAUUUCUCGUGCUUAAUGCCUGUACAAUGCUAUUUAAACUAUGCACUCGUGUCCAGGCCUAAAAACCUGUCCAAUGUUAUUAGUUCUACUUGUCUAUGAUUUUCGCGCCCUCAUACGCCAUACGCCAUACGCCACUUGCACAUCCCCCAUAAUGCACCUUAUUUCCCCCACCCCAAAUUUUGCAUAACCUUUGUUUGUUCAUUUCUCCUGGGUUUUACAGCCGCCGUCCCAACAGAAAUUGAAAACAAAGGUUGUGCAAAAUUUUAGGGGGUAAAAAAGUGCAUUAUGGGAGAUGUGCAAGUGGCGUAUGAACCAUUUCAAAUAAAUAAAACUUUUUAGUUGUGGGUAAUUGCGUUCUGGUGCAGUGAAUUAUCUUCUAGUCGGGCUUAUUUAGGUGAAGGUGGUGCUUCUGAACUGUUAUCUUCGUUUGUUGUGUACAGGAGUUUGAGAUUUGUAAAACCAGCCCAAAAUGAGUUAUUUUUUUUAUUCAUUUUACAACAAUUAUUUCAUAGCAGUUGGUCUCUGACCUUUGCUAUGCUCAGUCGCGGGUAAUAAAAGUCUCUUACUGCGACAGCAGAAACAAUUCGUUCUAAAUUAAGGCUGGAAACUUGCACCAUUCUUGGAGUCUUUGUACUUCACGCGCGUUUCAAUCGUGCACCGCGCGAGUUGUGUUUAAAUGUUGAACACUCCAAAUCUUUUGUUCACUUUGACUGCGGCAACAAACUUUUUCCGGCUUAGUCCGCAAUAGCUAUAUUAUCACCUAACGUGAACUGUAUUCACAAUAGCAGUAUUGCCUUUCAGUUCAAAUUGCUUACUACUGUGGACCAACUCAAGUCGUUCGUGGACAGUUCACAGCUAACACCUGAGUUUGGAGGUGUAUUUCAUUAUGAUCACGACGAGUGGAUCAGAUUUAGAAUAGUAAGUUAUUAUCUCUUAUUACCUCUCCCCAUGAGCACCUUACUUGAUUUUCAGAUACCGUCACAUUUUAGGCUUGGUUAUACUCUAUAUGGUAGUUCAUCCUCCUGUCAACUUGGUUACGAAGCAUAAAAUCCCAGCCUUUAUCAGUACCUUUUGUUAUUAAAUUUCGAAUCCAGGGCUGAUCAAUAAAAUAAUCAUUCUUUUAAAAUUUGCUCUCUUGAACAACACGUUUGCUACAUUUGACAGAUACCUUAACCAUAUAGCCGGCCUGAAUCCAAUAUUACGGCAAGAUACACACUGUCCGCAGUCUUUAAUCGGUGGGCAAAAUAAUACCGUUCUUGAAAAAUGGGAAGACAGUUGACCCAUUUAGAAAUACGUGACUGUAAAUUUACAGAAUUUAGUGAAGACGUUUUUGAACUAAUCAACUAAUCGACUGCGUGUCUGUGAUUUAUUCGCUUUUUGUUGCUUUCGUGUCGAUGUCAGACGUGAGUCAUUAUCGCAUUUGAUUUUUUGAGAGCAGAAGGUUGUAUUGAAACUUCUUGAAAAUGUGGAUUUGUCUCUUUCAAUUGCUAUCAAUGCAUACUACUUUUUUAAAUACCAUUUACUUCUCAAGAACAUUAGCUAAAACCGGAAAGGGUAGAGUUAAUAACAUAAUUGUCACCCAUUGAUUUGCUGUAAUUAAUUUUUCUUUUGAAAUCGUUCGUGCUUAAUGGGGGUAAUUAAUAGUUCCCUGGAUCAUAUUAAAACUACUUCGUGUUGUGAAUAUUUUUGCAAAUACAAUAUUUAAUGCGGGAGUUGCAAGUCGUGUAUGCUAAUAAUGUUCCAGAACUGCCGUUUUUCUAUUAAUAUCUUUUGUAUAUUGGUCCGCUUGUGCGUCAUUGAGAUUACUUUGUUGAUUCUUGUGUUAUCUCAAGCGUAUAUGUUUGUCUGUACCUACAGUGUUCUUCAAAGACAUGAAAAAAAGGUUGAAAAAGCAGCACAGGUUGUUUAUAUUGAAUUGACGUCAUUUGGUUUCCUUUGUUCGUUCUUGGACAUCGCUAAAUUGAUCGCUUUUAGCUGUAAAAAGCAUCUAAUAAAGUUAUGCGGUACACAAUCUUUCCCCUCUUCUUACAUUACCCCCUCCCUCUCCGUUACCACCGUUGUACUUUGUCCCACGGCCGAAUAUUCAGUUUGUUUACACCAUUGCUUCUGCGUUUUUGCACAUUUAGUUAUAAAGGCUGCAAUAUAACUAAAUAACUCCUAAACAAAAGGGAAAGGCGACAAAUUGUCUUCCUUCAGUUCCAGGCUUGAUUACUGCUCUUCAAUUCUUCUAGCUAUUCUUUCCCGCGGGUGAUUUUAGAAGAUGAUGUUAGAUUAAGCAAAAAACUCGGUUCAUGCUCCCGCUUUCUUUGAAAUCGGUUUUCCGUUGCGGUCAUGUUUAUGAAUUUUGAAAAACUAAUCCUUGUUAAGACUCCAACAAGAUGUAAUUUAUAUAAAGAGAAACAAUGGCUUUCAAAGAAACAACCGCUUGGUACUGUUCUUUAAUUUUUUAUUUAACCAAUUCGUGCAUUUAAUUUGGACCAAUUGUACAUCUAGCGCUCUUUUGAAAAUAUUUCAUAAAAAGCAGUCCUCUAAUGGACUUUUGUACUAUGUGCGGUAGCGUUUUUUUCAAUUAAAGGUCGACCGCUACUUAAUUGAAGGCUAAUUAAGGAAGAGUAUCUCUAUUUUUAAGAAAAUAUUCCUUUGUUCCCAUGAGUUGAGUGUUAUAGAAGAAACCGCAGCUUUGAUUUUCGGCUCUCGUAUAGGAGCCGAUUUCCGUUUAUCCAUCGCAAAAGUAUUAAAUACUGUGUAACUGACAACUCGUAUGUAUCAACAUCACUUCCGUAAAACCGGCUUUUUAGCUUGUGCUAUACUAAGCGUAGCGCAGGCGGUUUGAUCCGGCGUUUCUCUCCCGGAUGGAGUCAAGUGGUUGCCCAGUUAUUAACGCCGUCCACGCGCGCGCGCACGCAAGGGGAGGUACUCAGUUCACAAUUAUUGAGCUAUUAAUGCUUUUAAUUGUUGCUGUUAUGUUUCAGAAACUAGAGCCGUUCAUGACUGGAUGUAGAAGUGCAGCCAAACUUGCCAUGGGAGUGAUGCAGCAGUUCACAAGCAAAAAAAUCGGGGAUAGCAUUCAGGAAUGUAAAAAUCUACUCGAGGAACAUCAUCAAAAAAUCAAGGAUGUAUUUGAGGACAGUAGAUUAUCAGCGCUCCAAGUUGAAGGAGAGCAAAUACUGAUUAGAUUACAAGAAGAUCAAAGUGUGUUACCUUCUGUGCCUGACUAUAUAGAGACAGUCAAUUGUGUGACAAAACUGUAUCAUCAAAUGAAUGAAGUGUUUUGUAAGCUGGAGAUGCUAAUGGAAAACAGAACCAGGAAAUUAGAACAGUGUCUGGCGUUGAAAGAGUUCGAAAGAGAUAUUGACGAGGUAAAGCAAAGAAAGCCAAAGUUAUGUGAAGUAUGCUGUCGUUUAAUAAUAUAUCGCUAUAUUUUUGCUACUUUGUUUCCGACCGUUAUGAGCCAAUCAGUUAACAGUACGAACAUUAAGAGUACCCGACUAUAGUGACUGUCCUUCCGAGGGUAGCGAAGUUUUGAUCUAAUUUAGUAUCGCUAUGAGUAGUAUCAUGUAUUGCUUUUCGCUUCUAGCGGAAAUCAAGGCUCAAUAACUACUAGGCUGCGGAAUUUGGCUUUCCCGUUGAAAAUAGAAGGUUAUAUAUAAACAGCGGUAGCAGUAAUUUAUAACGGUUAUGAAUCAAGUCAUGUUCUCGUAUGAUUCUCCUUUCGGUUCGGUUUAGUUGGUUUAAUUGGUUUCCCCGUGGUCGUUUUAGUAGAAGGCAGAUUGUGACUGCAAAUUGUUUUGCGUCGGGGCAAUGAACAGUUAAAAACUAAAUUACUGUUGUUUGAAAGCGAGUGCUUCCACAAGGCUCGUUUAUAGUUUGUUUUUGUGGAACUUAUUUUAGCUGUAGACUAGUCAACAGAAAGCUGUCUUAUUGUUAAGUUGUUUCGACAGUAAGAAAGACCAAAAACUGAAACUUAUUUGUAAAUGCCAGUUUUCAUUUAUAGUGAAAAAAAAAAACCUUAUCUACGGCUGCGUUUUGACAAACUUUGAACGAUCUCAAUAAAAUUAGUUUAGCUUUCAGCAUUAUUAACACUGUCAAGAACAUAGAAAGAUGUCUUUAAACGAAAUGAGUUCUCAAUGUUCGUUCAAAUGAAUCAAAUGAAUGUUGAAGCAACGUUUCUGUUGUGUACUAGCUAUCAAAGUUUAUUCAGCUGCCUAAGAUCAGUUUUGAUUUAUAGGUGAUGAACUGGAUGUCCACAAAAGGGGAACAGUUUUUAGACAAACACACCGGGAUAGGAGACUCCAUUGGACACGUUAAAACACUACAAGAGGACUUCGGAAAUUUUGAAAAUAAGGCCAAGGUAUUUAUUAACAACGUUUGUGACAUGUUCUGUAUAUUUACAUUAAAGGAAGUUUUCAUGUGCACACAUGUACGCUCGUAUACAACAUUUUGCAUUUGGCUUUCAGAAUUUCCGUUUUACUUUCUUACUCACUAAGUUAUAAAACCACUGCGAUGAAGUUAUUCCAGUUUUUAUGGAAACUGCCAUAACAAAAAAAUUUGUUUUUAUUAAAAAAGACAAUGUCCCUAGUACUAAGCGUCACUGUUGUAAGCAUAAUACACUUCUGAUCCUUCAGUGUAUUUUGAUUUGUUGCUUAAUUGUCGGUUUUUAAAUUUUGUUAGUGCUACUGUGACCGAGUAGAAAAUCUUCUUGAGGAGGGAAGCAGUAUGUCUCAAGGAGGCCACUACGAAGGAAUUGGAAUCAAAGAAAGGAAAAGAACCUUGGGGGAGAUGUACAAGAGAUUUUGUAGAAAGCUGGAACACAGAAGGCAGCAGCUAAAUUCCUGUAUGGAAUUUUAUCAACUUGCCGAGCAGGUAAUCUAAUCAUUGAGUUGUUUAAAUAUGCAGCUCGGUCUUGAAACUUUCACGGCUAAGCUAAGCAUAUAAACUGAACGAGACUUGCUGUGUGGUUCAACAUUCGGAUUUAGAAUGUUUAUAUCCCUUAAUGUGUUCGUUCCCCGUUACAUUUAUUAUUUUUCAUGAUUGUUGCCGGGUUCCCCGCUUCCCCUGUUCGAAUCCAUGAUCACGUGGCAGUUGAGCUUGUUUGCUGAGACUGAUCAGUGCGUUAUUUUAUGUUGUAUCGCAGGCGUCAGAAUGGUCCAUGGCCACACUCAAACAAAUGGCAAUGAUGAACAUGGAGGAGAUUCUUCAUUUGGAAGGUGUGACUGCACUGACUCGCGGCUUAGAAAAGUAUCUUCAAGAGACACCAGUUUGGACUGAGAGUAGACUCAACAGAAUAUCAGAGCUUGCUACAAAUCUGGGCAGCGCUAAGCUUGUCAAGGAAGCUGAAAGUAUACUCACACGCUACAAUGAGAUAUUAGACAUGUUACACAAGAGACAAGAAACACUUAACAGAGCUCAGGAAAGACUUUCGGUUAGUACCAUUGUGACCGACAGAACUAAGAUAUGUCAUAUAUUUAAUAGACGUCUUGUCGUUAUCGCGAGCUUUAUGAUGCUGGUUUUCUGUUACUGCACCCCUGCGUGUGCACGUUACCGAGCUCGUGGUACGGUGUAAUCCCCUUUUCACGAAGGAGUUAAAAUUUAUGAUUAUUACAAUUUAACUUUUGAUAUUUUUCAAAUCACGAAAGUCGUGUAUCCUGCAGAUUCUGCGGCCUUCAAUUUUCAUGCUGGCAAUUCUUAACCGAAUAGUCCAACCUGACAUUUGUGCUGGAGCCGCGCGUUUGCUUUACUGGACGAGCAUUUAUCUGAGUGUUGCACAUUAAUGUCUUUCUCCUAACUCUGUGUCAUUUUAGGGCCAUCCCUCAAGUGAAGCUAGUAGUACUGCCACUGGUGGUAGUGACGAGUCCACCUCGUCCAGUCCUGGCCAAGAGGAGGAUGAGGACGAAGACGAUGGGGACUUGUUAGUUGAAAGCGAAGACGAAAUUGAGACCCAACCCAUCACGCAGGUGGAUGCUCCUGUUCGACGUAAAAGCUCCAUUCCAGUCACCCCACCCCCAUUGUAUUCAUGGAAGGAAGUACGUAUCCCUUCAAAGCCAACGAUCUUUUCCAUCAUCAAAAGAUGCAAACUUCCAUCUCUGACUUUUUAAGACUAACUGAAUUCAAAACGGUUUGUUUCUCUUUCAGACUGAAAUGCCAGUAAUCGAGGAAGUUCCUGUUCUGAACCCGCGAGUAGAAGAGUAAGUCGUACAUCUUACGUUUGAGUUUUACCUCCAGUUUCGUUUCUGUGCUUCUCCUUUUUCUGUUGCUGUUGUUAUUUCUAUCGUGUAUUUUUCCCAGCAAAGCCACCUUUCUAUAAUAAUACUGAAUUACAAAUAACGUAGUACCCGCCACCCAAAGGUGCUGCCAAAGAUUUAUUGGAUUGUUUUAUAUUGUACUCGGCAAUUUUUUGUUCUACCCUUUCAGAAGUUGUAAAGAUAUUUAUACAUGCCCCCAAAAUUAAGUCAAUCCCUUCUUGUGUUUCAUCUUAGAAAACUGAUGUACAUCUUUCAAGAGAUGAUUGAUACGGAAAGAGAUUACGUGAAGUCAUUGCAGUAUAUAAUGGAUGUAAGUCAACCCCGCUUUCUUAGAAUUCAGUUUUUUAUCAGUAUUUGGGUGUUUGUUGAGCUUUAACCUGUUAUCUCGGGUUUUUUUUGUGCUCCGUAGAAUUAUUUGGUGGAAAUGGACAAUCCUGUGUUACUGCCAUCAUUAAAAGGGAAAAAGAAUAUUCUGUUUGGGAACAUAGAAAGAAUUCACGACUUUCACAAACGGUAAGGGUCUAAACAUUGCAGCCGGUGAUGAGGAAGAUUUCUUUGUGGGGUGUUAGUGUCUAAAUCGUUUUCAGAUCAAGACCGCGCAAAAUUCUGACGCAUUAGGUUGGUGUAUACCCAUACUGCUAAUAUAUGGGAUCGUUAAUCCUUCGCGGGGGGUGGGGUGGCGGCAGAUCUUAGUACGGGUAAAUCUUUCCACUCGUCAGAUGCAGGUUGUAGUGUUUCAGUCUAAUUCUCUUAUGUGUCACGUUGACUCUUGAUCUGUUUAAAGCGCGACACAGAUCCUCCCACACGAAACGUUUAAAAUCAAAAUCAAAUACCACCACUACUUGUCUUUUUAGGUAUUUCCUUCAAGAACUGGAAGCAUGUAAGGGCAGAUUCCUUGAUAUAGGAAGCUGUUUUUUGAAAUGGGUAAGUACGGAAAACAUCGACAUCUAAGACCUUGGGACUAGCAACCUUUUUAGCAAAACAAGUCUGUCGCAAAAGCGAUGGUUUUCCUUAGCAAUAAUCGCUUUUAGUGACCAAAUUAGAAGAAGGCAACUUAAUUGAUCUAGCCAGCACAGUAAUAUAUUCUCAGUACCAGGAACACCCGAGCACAAAGCCAAAUGAGCCUAAAUGCAUAAGAUAUGGGAGAAUCGGCCCGCAGAUUUGUGAGUCGGUGGACAAGGAGAGAAUACUAGGUAUGCCUCAUCGCUGCGGGGAGGAGGGUGGGGCGAGAGCUGCUAUCAAGGGUGCCAAGACCUACGCUUUACUAGAACUAGCAGAAUAAUCAAGCUGCAGGCUGCUCUGGAAACUUAUGGACAAGGUCUGUGGGUAUGCCAUGUAUUCCCCUGGGCCACGCUGAGAAUUUUAGGAAGUACAUUGAUGCUAACUUAGGCAUUUGUGCGUGUUUUCCUUAGUGGAAAUAGCGAACAAAUCGACUACGAACGGAUCACUAACUACUGAGGAUCAAGGAUUUUUUUUACCUUUAAAAGUAGUUGUUCUGUUUGAGAUGACCGCUCCCUUAAACUUUUUAAAUCCAUGAAAUUCCCGCUUCUGAAAGAAAGCUCAGUAAGGUCCGUCAAGGCUACGUUAGCUAUUUCCAUGUUUGCAAUACUUGGCUGAAAAGUUUCUUUCCCAAUUUUUUGUUGUUGCUGCUUGUUGCCGGUAUUGAAGUGCUUUUUGUACUUGGUUCCAGGAGCGACAGUUCUACCUGUAUGCAUUGUAUAACAAGAACAAACCGCGUUCGGACCAACUGCUAUCCGAUCAUGGAAAUGUUUACUUCCGGGUAAGCACAAUGUUUUGGGUUGUUUUUUUUCCUGUUUGUGUAACUUCUUAAUUUGUUUAGUACCAUAGCCUUUCCUCAAAAAUCUCCUCCAUCAAUUAAACGAGCAGUGUCACAAUAAGAAAGUAUUGUAAUAGAGGGUUGCUUCAAGCUCAGCUGUACUUCUAAUCUUACUUAAAAUCAAUCACAUUUAUGGUCCCUAAUUAAACUUUCUGUAACAACCAAAGUUAUCUCAGGGGUAGGGGGGGGGGGGGGGUUUGACCUGUCGACACAUCAUGUGGAAUGUGUAAGCUGGCGUUGUGCGUGUUUCUUUUGGCCUUUUUUUCUUGGGGUUGCUGACUGGCCAGCGGUUUCUCCUUAAUAAUAUAUCCACUAUGACGGUUAUAGUUUUUCUUACUUUCUUCUCUGUUUUUUUAUUUUACAUUAAAACAUAUCUUUUUUGUGUCCUAAUAUUAAUCUUUUUUAAAAAACCAAGUUUUUCGGGGGGGGGGGGGGGGGGGGGGGUUGUAGCCUUGCCAACACUCUAGGAGAUUUGUGUAUCCAUUAUGUUGCUUUGUUUUUUUGCAUGUGUUUUUAGUGAUGGGAAUGAAGGUCCGCGUUUUCACUUGGAAGUAAUUACAAGUCUCUACUAAAUAUUGUUACACUGAUUUUUCAGGCUCGUCAGAAAGAACUUGGUGACAAACUUGACCUGGGAAGUUUCCUUAUUAAACCAGUACAAAGGAUGGGAAAAUACAGUCUUCUGCUCCGGGUGAGUAUAUAGCUAGCUUUUUCAAAAAGAUAGAUAUGGACAUGUAUUGAAUAACUUUUGGUAAUUGAUUUAAAUUCCAGGAUAUGAUCAAGGCUCUGGACGUUGGACAUCCGAAAAUCGCCGAACUGAAGGUAAAAAGAACCACACAGUACUUUUUAGUCUCGUCGGAACUGAAGCUUUAAAUGGCCGGCGUUUCGUAGAUACAGCGCUUACCACAGUAGUUGUGUUCACCCAUUUGGAGUAAGGUCUAUUGUUAGUUUUCCCUUUUGAUUAAAAUCCAGAAACACUCCAACUUGCUUUGGUGGGUCCAGUUAUGGACAAAAGAGUGGAGUUAGUAACUUGUAGGCUCGGAUAACCAUAUAUUUGCUUUUUAUAUGGCAAGCUUCUGAUUUUGUCCUACUUUGUUAAGUAUAUUUAGUAGAACUGAACUAACAGCAUUGCUUUGUAAUUAUUGUUUUAUUGGCAGGCAGCAGAGGAAAUGGUGAAAUAUCAACUGAGACACGGCAAUGACCUGUUAGCUAUGGACUCUCUCAGAGGAUGCGAUGUAAGUUGUUACAGAACCACGGACUAUCGACACUCAUAGCCGCGCAUUUGUUACGACGAAUCCUGCAAUAGAUUAGUCCUAUUUCUUUUCGCGAAAGGUUUGAACCAAGGAAUCAUUUCUUAAAUAGGCUAAGUAUGAUGUCCGUGUGAACGUAGUCCUGAAUAGGACUGUUGUUGACAGUUACUGACGUUUCGACAACUUGUGCGGUAGUCAUCUUCAGAGUCAAAGUGAGUUGUAUCACGUCAGCUGAGGGUAUUGAACUCUGGUUAUUGACCUGAUUGGUCAAUUAAGUCUCGAUGUUAUUGGUCGUCUUUAGGCAGUUUCAGCUGUUAAGCCACACUUAAGGUCGGUUAUUUAAACGAAGUCUAACUUAGACUUAGACUUAGGCUACUGAGUAGCCCCUCAGUAGCAUCUUUUAAAAAGACACUCAAAAGACAUUUUUGUUUCAGAAAGCUGUUUUGUAAUUUUAUGUGCUUUUUAAUCUCGUUUUUAGUAGGUUUUAUGCAGUUUUUUACGAUUUAAGUAGUCUAGGUAAUUUUUAUAAUUUUAGUGUUGACACAAUUGUUUGAACUCUUUUUGGUAGGUUCAUGCACUUUGUAUACUUUCUGCAGUCAUUUUUUUGAAAUAUUUAUUUUUAAGUGCUGAUGAAAAUAGCAAUAAUAAUAUCGGCGCUAUAUAAGAUUUAUUAUUAUUAUUAUUAUUAUUAUUAUUAUUAUUAUUAUUAGACCGCGGUUUAGGAAAUCUUUAGAUUUCUAGUUCUCGUCCAUAGUGGGUUAUUUUAAGAACAUUCUUUUUUAGUCUACGCCAUAUGCUUUCAUGAAACUGUUCACGAUAAUUGAUGUUUGUAUAAAAAGGGUUCGGCAACUCUAAAUUGUUUAGAACGUGGUUUUGUUAAUCACUGGCUAAAUAACUGGCCCUUAUAGUUUUGUAAGCUGUACUGAAUUCUGGUAUUUCCCGAUAUCACGUUUUUAGAAGAUAUCAAGCCUGACCAGCGCUUAUUUGACAUUUGUAGAUGAACGUGAAGGAUCAGGGUCGUUUGUUACGCCAGAAUAAUUUCACCGUGUGGAAUGGCAAAAAGAAACGGCAGCGGCGAGUAUUCUUGUUGGAUGACUUGGUUAUCUUCAGUAAAGUCAGAAAACAAGCUGGAGGAGUGGACCUAUUUUAUUACAAGAACUCGCUCAAGGUUGGUUAAUUGAGCGGAAAACAGGGUUUGGUUUGUACUAAUGUGAUAGGGAGCUCAUUCGGCUGAAGGUGAAACACAACUGAAUAUUGUUAUCAUAGUGGGAACAAUAAAAUGUUUUUCUUGCUGGCUUAGCUUGCAAAAGAGGCAAAAAAUGAAGUUUUCCUGCACUGAAUGGAACCUGCGCUCGAGUGACAUGUUAGUGUAUUAGUUUUCAUGCUCAUCACGUGAUUCAGUUUUUAUUUCUUGCCGUACAGUGCAACAGCUUUUUCCCACCCUUUCGCCUUUUGCCAAUUCCAAAAAGAAAUGUGUGUUAGUUUGACAGUAGUGUGUUAGGUUCAGGAAGGGUUUUGUCUUUUUUCCUUUAUCCAUUGUAAAUUUUUUUUAGCGCUAGUGAUUAAAGUGCUGUUGCAUUGUCCUGUGGCACUGAGACAAAUGCCAUUCACUGUGUGAGAAAUGUGGAUUGUUGGUUGCCUGCGUACCUGGCGGCAUUUUUCGCGCGUCAUCGUUUCAUUCCACGAGUGUUUUGUUGUCUUUAGUUUGUAAAGACCGCAGAAGAAUGAGGAUGAGUCAAGUGGAGGUGGGAUUCAGUUCCACCCCUCCGCCCCAUGUGGUAGCCCCCACGCCUGAAAAACUCCGCAUUCUAAUUCUGCUAGCUACGCAGGCCAGGUUGCACGUGGUUUUUAAAUGAAAGAAAUGAGAAAUGUUAUGUUUUUGUUUUUUUUCAUUGAUUUUGUUUGAUACUGGUUUUGUCCAGGGAGAUGAUAAAGUAACUUUUCUACAUAUUUUUCAUUGAGAAAGAAUUGAUACUGAUUGUUAGCCGUCUUUGACCUUCAAAAAGUAUUUUAUCAAGCAUUUUGAAGCAUACUGAUUUUUGUUGCUUAUCUCUUUUUAUCUGUCAUUUCUUUUAUUCAGACUACCGAUUUAGGUCUCACGGAAAAUGUUGGUGACAGCGGGCUCAAGUUCGAAUUGUGGUUCAGAAGAAGGAAGCCUGAAGAUACUUUUAUUCUACAGGUCAGCGGAUUAGCUCUUCAAAAUAGAUUGAUUGUUAACCUUUUCAUUGACGUGGGGGAAAGGUGAAAGACGGUCGUUCAUGCUUUUCGCUCAUUUCAGGAAACAGAGAACUUUGUUCUUAAUGGCAGCAUUUGAUGAAUAAAGAAGUAGGUUGAAUUAGCAACGUACCCGGGGGUAGUGGCUGGGGGGGUUGGGGUUGGGAGGGAGGUGGGGUGGGGUGGGUUGCGGAUACCACUUAGUACAGUGUGCAUUAUAGCAAGGAACUCAGUACAGUCCCCCAUAACCCUCGGUUUUUUUUCGUGAUUCUGCAGGCGCAGACGCUGGAAGUAAAGACCGCUUGGGUGACGGAAAUUACGCGAUUGCUAUGGAAACAAGCCAUGCGCAGUAAAGGUACGUGUUUUCUAACGAAACCACCACUGCGUAAGUUCUGAAAGUACUUUUUAUUUGAAGGAGAAAUCAGUUGUUAAGACGCCCUGAAAGUGAGCAUUAAUUUGUUACUUGCUUCCUUGAUUAACAGAGUAUGGUUUAACAGAGGCGUCAACUGGAAUCAGUGUGGGAAGCCAGCCGCCGUUGGUGAUCCCGAGCACUCAGCCAGGAGAUACCUCACCGUUCCAAACACCUCCUUUUCAAGCAUUAUCCAACUUAACCCAUAGUCAUCUCAUAAGGAGGUUCUCCACUCCGUCAGCUGGUUCCAGUCCUCGCUCAACAAGGAAACGUUUAUCACUUGCCAGCAAUGAAACAACUUCCAGUGUUGAAUCAUCCAGCAGCAGUGGUGUUCACGAUUUAAACCUGGCUACAACAGAGGAGGAGGCUUCCAUUCGAAGCUGUAUUUCAACACCACUUGAAGAAAAACUCUCUAACGCUGUCAAACGAAACAGGCAGCGGAAAUUGUCUCGUGAAAUAUCGCCAAAGACACAUUCAAAUAUUAUAGAAAGACUAGGUGAGCAAGCUGACCAUUAUACUGACAGACCAGGGAGUCUAAACGUUGAAGAAACGCUAGCUUUAAAAGUUGGUAAAGAUAUUCUUGAAGAGGACAGGAAAAGAAAUAGAACAGCUCCGUCUCUCGCUGAACGAGAAAGAUCUAAAAGUACGGAGGAAACUACAAGUGAAUCACCAGUUUUACGAAGAAACACCAAGGAAAAGGACAUAAAUAAUACGGUACCUCGUAGGCGCUCUUUCAUCGAGAGGAUUUCUAUUAAAUCACAUUUUGACAUUGUCUCAAAACGACGAAACUCGCUGGACAUGUCAUUUGCCAAAAAUGGAAGAAGUGGUGAAGUUGGCGAGAGUCAACCAAGGAAACGAAGUGGACAAUCUACAGAGGUACAGAGAACUUAG